AAUAAUCCAUGCAUAAAUGUAAAUUAUCACUGACUGUCCCUUAUUUUGGUCUCCAUGAGGGAUGCUAUAUGUAAGCUCUUUGGAUUUGGAUUCAGCAUCAAUAGUGCCCUGAGAUUAUUUUCUCUGUAUGCAGUAGACUGUUUUGUCGGGUGAUUCAUAUUGGUAUCAGAUUACUCCAAAUUGUUUAAACGUUGAGCAUUAUGAUUGGCGAAUUUGAAGACGCAGACAUCUUCCAUGACUGCCGGAGUGACGAUGAGGAGACUCCAGAGCUGGAUGUGGGCGGUGGCGAUGAGGUGAUCUGCAAACAAGCGCCUCGCUUCGACGAUCCUGUCCAGAUUCGGGCUGUUUUGGAGCGGGCAGCCACUGCCACACAGCGGCUGCUGAGGUGCUAUGGAGGCACUGAUUGCGUGCCAACUCGUCCUUUGAUGACACGUUUCUAUCCGGCCACACUGGAGGUCAGUGCCCGUCUUCACACGGACGACAAGUGUCCCUGCCCCAAGGACAGGCAGUGCAAGCUGAUGGGCGAUCCAGUGACCCUGAAGCUGCCCAUCGAACUGAAUCCGGAAAGCGGCCAGGUCAAAGUCAACAUCUUCCAGCCCAAGUCGAUUGGCACCUUUUGCGGAUGCAAUGCACCUGCAAACCAGAACAAGGCGAAGAGCAGGAGAUCGAGUGUGAAGUGGUCCAACAAGGAUGAAGUAUGUCGCGAUGGCCAGAAGCCUAAUCAAAGCUCGUGAAUCCUGGAAUUUUCAAAAGCCAUUUAAUGGUUUUAGCUUAGUUAUUGUUUUUUCUCGAAAUUCGUUGGUGACUAAAUUGGUUCAUGUCGA